AUGACGAACAUUAUAUUGAGACACGGUGAGAGGCCUCCGUAUGAAUUAGUUAUGUUCAAGAACUACGUAUUCAAUGCGAGUCAUUGGCCAAAUGGCAAGACAAAUUUAACGAAUAAUGGCAUUGUUGCAAUUCUCGAAACUGGAAGGCUCCUCAAAAAUAGAUAUGAUAAAGUUUUUAAUCGUCAACUAAGUUUAAACGAGAUUAAAUCUUCAUCUACCGAUGUUAGAAUGGCCAAAAGCUCGGCUUUGGCUUUUUUAUAUGGCUUUAUUGGAAAGAAAAUGGAUUUCAAUACGCGAAAAAUGGUUUUAGGUCUUCACGAAUAUGACAUAUUCCACAUAGCAACCAAAGAUGAUAUAUUAUUGGUUAGCCUCAAAAAAUGUUACAAUCAUGCCAUCGAAAUAAUUAACACUCUAACGAUACCAAAUUCCACUUUAAUGAAUUACGUCAAUAGCAAUAUCAAUCAAUAUAAUAAAGUAAUAGAAUAUUCGGGGUGGGGAGAGAGCAUGUCUCCUAUAUUAAUGGUGACUGUGGCAGACCCUCUAUUAUGUGACAAAUCAAAUAAUUUUCCCUUACCUGAUUGGGUAACGCCUGAUGUCUAUUAUUUUAUACAAAAUUAUACGGAUAUAACAUUUGGCUUGAUGUACAAGGAAAAUAAAGCUUUGUUAAAAUGGAGUAAUGGCCUUUUGCUGAGCAGAAUCUUGUGUAAUAUGUUAAAACAUUUUGAUUAUCAAUGGAUGAAUAUCAAAUAUCCACAGUUUAAAAAUUAUUUGAUAUGUCACGAUAUCAAAAUUGUCAAUAAUAACAUUGAGGACCUUAAACCUAUUCAUAUGUAUUCCAGUCAUGACGUUACUAUUGCCGGAUUGUUGUCAAUGUUUGAAAUAGUGUUUGAUUUCAGACCUAAAGCAGCAGACGCUUUUAUGAUAGAAUUAUGGAGAUAUCCAAACCCUAAUUAUAUAAGCUCAAAUAUUAGUUCAUAUAAUAAUUUGUCAAACAAUAAUUGGAUUUAUUCUACAGACCUUUAUAUCCCUUUUAUUUAUAAUUUAAAAUUCAUGUAUAAAACACAUAGAAACGUAAUCAAAAAUAUCAAAAAAGAUAUUCGUUUUGAGAUCGCUAUUCAAAUGGUAAAGGAUAAAUUAGUCUCUACUCUAGAAGAUGCUUUGAUAACGUGCACUCCAUAUGAACAAUUUCAAUUUUGA